GCAGGCGGUCACGUGUCCGUGCGUGACACCAUCCAAAAGUUGCAGUUGCAGGAAAGAGCGGAAUUUAUCCCGUGAUUGAACAGCAGCGCACACUGGAUGCCACCUGGGAGGUCGGAUCUGGUGAUCCUCCCCGCCACUACCUGUAUCUCGGCUUGGGAAACUGGGGGAGGGGUUAAAAAAAGCCGAAGGUGCCAUGGGACACGACUACGCUAUCCUGGAACAAUUAACCUUGAUAUGAAACCUGCUUGCUGCUAAUUAAUGACGAGGCAGUGAGGUGCGCGCGUUCGGCUGCCGGCUGUUAGAUCGCCGUGCGCGGUCUCAGAAUAAUUACAUUUUUGCAAAGCUGCUUGUCCACUCCAAGCAAUCGGAUCUCGCUUACCGGUCCACAAAACUGGGAAUCUACGACUGACAAUAUAAAAAGACCUGCACUACUGGCGGAAGAAUUAUAAAACUGGGAAAAUCUAAAUAUGUGUUUAUAAUUAUACACGGAUUCUGCCGUGCGUUGCCACAGCUGAUCUCCUAAUUGCUUGGCUGUGUGGGGCAGGGGAUUCUCACAAGCUGUUUUCGUAAUCCAGCAUCUGAACGGCAUCGUACCGGCACACAUGCGAACUGUCCGCUGUCGGUGGACCUCGGAGCCUGCACCCGGUUUGCGUUUGACGGGGACCGCAUCUAGACCGCGUCCUCCGCGAAGCCAACUUGGGCCACCUAUGCGGUGUCUCCCUUUGCGAUUAAGCGGCACCGAAAAGUAGAGAAGAGUCCGCGUCGCUUGCGGCCAUGACCAUGGAGCCGGACGGGAACCUGAGCGUGUCUAAAAAGACUGUGAUCGCCAAGAUCUUCAAAGUUCGCAAGCGGAGGGAGAUGCUGUUCGUGCAGGUCUGUUUCAUCUGCAGUGUCCUCUUCAUGGCGUGGUGCAUGUCAGCGCUGCUGACAAAAACAGGUCAUGGGAUGAUCGUGGAAGGGAUCCCCGUCGAGCAUGAGCACGAGUACUGGGGCCGCCGGCUGAUGGCUGCAACUGGUACCAACCACACAGAGGAACGUAACUGCACUGAGCCAGCGAUCCAGGAGUUCCCCGAAGACUUGUUCUCCAACACCGAACGGAAGCAGGGAGCGGUGUCGCUGCACAUCCUGGCGGCCCUGUACAUGUUUCUGGCCCUUGCCAUAGUCUGCGAUGACUUCUUCGUGACGUCGCUGGAGAAGAUCUGCGAGAAGCUGGACCUGAGCGAGGACGUCGCCGGGGCGACCUUUAUGGCCGCGGGCAGCUCCGCCCCCGAGCUCUUCGCCUCCAUCAUAGGGGUCUUCAUCACCCACGGCGACGUGGGCGUGGGUACUAUCGUCGGCUCUGCGGUCUUCAACAUCCUCUGCAUCAUCGGUGUUUGUGGGAUCUUCGCCGGCCAGGUUGUGAUGCUCACCUGGUGGUCGGUGUUCCGGGAUUCCUUUUACUACACUUUGUCUGUGGUGGCGCUGAUAGUGUUCAUCUACGAUGAGAAGAUAGUGUGGUGGGAAAGCCUUAUUCUGGUGGUUAUGUAUGCAGGCUACAUCAUCACCAUGAAAUUUAACACAAGCCUGCAGAAUUUCUUCACAGGGAAGUCCAACAAGAAUGUUGCCAAUGGCGACACAAUGAGAAGCGAGCUGGAGGAGGGUAAUGAUCAUUAUGAUGGUAGUUGGGAUGACCCAUCGUUGCCCUUGCUGAGUCCAGCUGAAGGCAUUCCUGUUCUCUCAGUGAAGCCCAGCAGGAAUUACACCCGCGGCUCCGUGGUGAUGGUGGAUGAGAUCAUGAGCAGCAGCCCUCCCAACUUCCGCUUCCCGGAGGCUGGCCUGCGGGUCAUGAUCACCGACCACUUUGCACCCAAGACACGUCUCCGGAUGGCCAGCCGGCUCAUCAUCACCGAGCGACAGAAACUGGUCCAGUCCGCAAACGGAGUGGAGUCUGUGGUGGUGAUGGGGAAGCUGGAAAUGGAGAAUGGGAAUGUACCGGAAGAUAAGCCGGAGGAGAGUGACCUGUCCUCACCGUUCACCAUACCAGGGGGUGUGAUGAACAAGGUAAAAUGGAUAAUCUCCUGGCCGAUUCUGCUGCUGCUCUACUUUACGGUGCCAAACUGUGCGAAGCCACGAUGGGAGAAGUUCUUCAUGCUCACCUUUAUUCUGUCCACACUCUGGAUUGCUGUCUUUUCAUACUUCAUGGUGUGGAUGGUCACGAUAAUCGGGUACACCCUGGGAAUCCCUGACGUCAUCAUGGGCAUUACCUUCCUGGCAGCUGGCACCAGCGUUCCCGACUGCAUCGCCAGUCUCAUCGUAGCCCGACAAGGCCUGGGGGAUAUGGCGGUCUCCAACACCAUCGGCAGCAAUGUCUUUGACAUCCUGGUGGGUCUGGGCUUGCCCUGGGCCCUGCAGACCAUGGCGGUCUCCUACGGCUCUGAGGUGCGGAUAAACAGCGCUGGGCUCGUGUACUCGGUGGUACUUCUGCUGGGUUCUGUGGCUCUCACAGUUUCGGGGAUCCACUUCAACAAGUGGAAGCUGGACUUUAAGCUGGGGGUUUACGUCAUAGUGCUCUACGCCGUCUUCCUCUGCUUCUCCAUCAUGAUCGAGUACAACGUCUUCACCUUCGUCAACCUGCCCAUGUGCCAAGAGGACCACUAAGAUUUGCUGGCUCCAUCCCAGUCCAAACCAUACCUCUCAUCUGUUCUCACCAUUCCAAUUGGCCUGACCCAGCCCGCUGAGCCUCAGUCUGGUUCCUGAUCUUGUAACCCCCCCCCCCCUCCAUUCUGCCAUUCUUUGUGAGAAGAAUGGUCUCCAGAACCUCCUCUCCACCUGGGGAAAUGGGACUCCUCCAUAAAAGAUCCUGCUGUGUUCCAGCCCCAGGGCUGCCCAGGUCCCCCACUGAGGCCCACAGGAACCUCCCCAUGGCCGCUUUCUUCCUCUCCCUCUUAUAGAUGGGACUCCAGAUGGCGUUCUGUCCGCCACCGUCGCUCCGCCCCCUUCGUGUCUCUAGGAGCCCGCAGCUCCAUCACUCGACCUCUGCUGCAGAGGAUUGCCAAUGACUCUUAAAAUUCUACGAGAAUGCAAUCUGGCAGCUCAAAUGUUGAAUGGAUGCCAUAAGUUGAUUGUUUAAACUAAUAAUAUUGACUGCAUGAUGUGUACUUCCUUUUUUAAAAUUAAGAAUUAUUUCCUAGGAUCAAAACUUUGACAGCUGGAAUAAAACACUGAUACCUUGUGAUGCGGUGAGCUUGGGAGGGGUCUGGGCCUCUCGUGUAGUUGGGGAAAGGAACAGCAGGGUUGGUGCCAGGGGGCUUUGCCCUGUGAGGGUGUCCCCCCUGUGAGGGUGUCCCCCGUCAACUCUGGCUGUUGACAGGACCCGUGUGAUGCAGAUCGUAAUUUGAGAAGCAGGACUCACAUUUUUGCGUCUGUGUGUGGGCGGGUGGGGUUGGUUUGCAUGAGAACCUUUCCCCACUGGUCUGUGUGGCACGACGACUCCAGGGUCAGUGUGUGGGCAUUUGCUUAGCUGGUGUUUAGCUGUCGUCUUGAAAGCUCAUUGUUUCCAUUCAGGGACUAUUUCACUUCCCAUUGUGGCACUGGGUUGCACAAUGUCUAUUGCACAUGAAUCCGUCCACUGCGUGGGCACUGGAAUGGAACUCCCCCCCCUAAAGAGCAUGUUGAGUGGCAAGGACAUAGGGCAGGGUCUCUUGGUGUCCUUUCUGGAGGGGGGGGGGGGGCGUGUCAGUGACUAUCUCCAUCUGUAAGAAUAUGGUUGGCCUUGCAUCCUGUGCGUGUGCAGUGUGUGUGUUCAUCUAGGACAAUUUGACCUUCUUUGUGUGUAAGUCACUCCUACAUUCGACUCUUACCGUUACCUUUCUGUGUGUUUCUGUUUCUGUGUGUCGCGGUGACCCCAAUUGUAGGUGUUUGGCUGUCUGGGCUACUUGGUGCUUCUUGUAGCAGGAUCUAUAAAGCACUAAUAGGGACGUUUUGUUUGGGACUAUUGCACUUUUACUCAGCUGCUGCCCUGUCCUCCCAUUUUGAACCAGUGCUUCCUUUUGUGCAGUUGGUCUCAGCAGGGCUUUGCUGCCUGCAUUUGUGGGUGGGAAAUGUUUAUUUUCUUCCUCGUUUCUCCCCCCACAAUUUUUAGAGUCCUUUCCCAGUGAUGGCAUUUAGAGGAUCUGCGAUUUUAACAUCAAUCGGAACAUGCAGCGCAUGAACACUAGGUGGAGCUUUUGCUGCAGAGAGACUGGCAGCUGCAACCGAAACCGCAGCUGGGACCUUGGCCUUCAUGGGAGUGGGAGGAGUCGCAGUGCCUGUGAUGAGUUUAUACAUCUGCUCUGAUUUGGCACCACAGUAGCCUCCCUGUACCUGUAUCUGCUUCUUCAAAGUUAGACAGGCAGUGUGAUGUUCAGUCCUCGGCCCACUGUGGGGUGGGGUUCUCUGUGAGGGCAUGACUGAACCAAAAUCAGCUUCCUUCUAGAGGCUGGGAAUAAGUACCCUGCCGUAGUUGCAUGUGCCCGGUGCUGAGGUUUUCAUUUCAUAGUUCAUCUGCCACAGCUUUGAUUCCCAUCUUUGACCUUCAGUACCAGGAAAUGUAUAAAAAUCUGAAGUGCUGAAACACAGCCGCUGUGGAACGGAGGGGAACCAUUUCCUGCAUGCAGCUGAGUUUUCUCUCUUGCGAAUAUAUGAGGGCGUUACUCUAUGCUUCCAUUCUGCGGGCUUUUAGGUGGACAUCUUCAGCUUAAAAGUGCAAUAUCGAUACUGUUUGGUGCAGAGGUGGGAGGCUUCCGGUCUUCCUGAUGUUUUGUGGACUGUAUCCCAGAAUCCUCAGGCUGCGAUUUUUCGCUCUGGGAGGGAAUGACCACGCUGCACAGCAUGCUUCCUUUUCCCCAUCAGCUGUUGCGGAUGAGUGUGAUCUUUGCUGCCAGUUGAUCGGAGGGUCUACAGACGUAGACUAAUCUGGUGCCUGUGUGGCUUGAAGACAUAGCAACUGCAUGCCGGAGGUGAAAGCCCACCCCCCCAGGUCGUCGCAGUAAUUGCGAUGCCGUGUGGUCAAUUUCAGGCCUUAAAAAAAAAAAAAGUUAUCUGUAUCCAAACACAAUGUAACGCUAUUAUUUUCCCCGGAUGCUCUUAAAGCUCUCCGUGUACAAUGUAGUGGCCAGUGUGCACUGGGCUUCCUGCGUGUACGUUCAGUUGCAAAUGCAGUGGUUUUUGUGCAGACACCUGAGAGAUGCGUGAGCCUGAAUGAAUGAAUGUGACUUUGCACACUGUGAGGGCAAUGUGAUGUAGGGUCAUUUUGUCAAAAUAAAUGGUUUAAAAAAAA